CCGAAAAUUUUAAUUCUUCUAACUAUGGGAUUUGUAAAACCUUAACUAAAAGAUUCAAAUUUGCCAUAAAAAGAUAAACCCCAGUUCGGAAAUUUCACAGCAAUGGCUUCAGACGACGACGCCGGCGGCGAUGGUGGUAAUGUUAAUUUCCCUCCCCUGCUACGUACGUUAGCAAAAGGGGCCGCUAUAACCCUAGGUGGGAUCUUCACCAUCACCAUGAUCUCCACCACUGCAAUUACAUUACUCACACAACACAAACAGAAUCAAUUUGGUUCGCCAUCGUCGUCGUCAUCUAUGAAGAAAAAGAAUACAAGUUCAUGCGAUGUAUGUAGAGGGAAAGGGUUUUACAUGUGUAAAUUGUGCAAAGGGAAUGCUACAAUAGAGUGGUCUCCAUUGUAUGAUCCUGUGUUCAUAAAUCCAUGUAUUUGCCCUACUUGUGAUGCCCAUAGGAUUCAACGAUGUCUUAAUUGUUUGGGGAGUGGAUACGUUCAUGAUUCAUCAAGCUAAAGUUACAAAUGAUUGGUUUUCCUUUUGAUCCAUAUACAAUAAGUUCUUGUACCCAUGAUAGAAGUCAAUAUUUGACUUUUGAUUGUGGAAUCAGGAAUGAGUUUGUUUUUAAAAGAUAUGUUUGUGAUAAACUAUAAAAUUAUAAAAAUCUACACUCA